AUGUUUUCACGUCGAAUUUAUGAUGCAGAAGCUCAAUUUCUAUCCAGCGAACAUCUAGAUGAAUCAGCUGAUUUCCCAAGCUACAGAGAAAUAAGAAGACAGUCGGCUGAUUGUCCAUCAAUCAUUGACUCGCCAAGACAUUGUCCAUACGUCAGAGGAUACUCUGGAACGAAUGAUCAAGGAAAUCUAUCAAUAAGUAGCAUUUCUCCUUGGACAACAAAAAUUGACAUUGAUCCUUUACGCUCACCCCAGGCUUUUCCAGUAGUGUGUUGUGCAUGCACCCACUGCGUUGACAUGUCUGGUUCCGAGCCUAAAAUCCUGCGAGAACAUUACAGUGAGAAAGUCUACGUAAAAAAGGAAGUAAGAAGAGCAGAGGAUGGAUUUCGACCUCGUUAUAUCAAAGUAGCCGUCGGAUGCACCUGUGUAAACAGACCCUUUGCUGGACAUCGAAUGUAACCUGGGACAUGGAGUUUAAUCUGUCGUUUGCUUUUAAAAUAUGUUUAAAAAUGUUUUGAGAACUUCAUUAAAUGCUUCAAAUACUUUCAGAAAUGUUUUAUGUACUACUGCCCAACAAAGUAAAGUUUGUCUCGUGUGGCGGUUGAUUUUUAUGAAGCGUGUAAACAUUUUAUAUAUUCCACAAAAAAGAAUCAAUUUCAAGAAAAAGUCUACACUGAAUUUAUUCAGACAAAGUUAUUUAUAUGUUUGUUUUUCAUAUAAAAAUCAUGUGAUUUUUGUUCUACUUUAUUGCGAAUAGUAUUAUCA